AUGCUUUGGAGAAAAGAAAUGUGGAAGCUCGUCGGAUUGUACUUGAAACCUAUGGAAAGACACAUCCGACCUAACAGAAGAUUCAGCGGAAAUGAGCGGAGCAAGAAAAUGCUGAAACUAUUAAGGAGCAGCCGUGUAUUUAUUAGACCAUCAGUGCAGAAACCGGUAUGGUUUCGUGUGGAAACGCGAGAAUUCGCUUCGGAAGGAAAGCGUGGAAAACGAAAAUUCGUGGAGGCGGCGAUUGUAAAGAGCACGAAAAGUCAGAAGCAGACGGUCGAUGUCUGGAAACGAAUGAGCCCGACUGAACUCGCCACCGCACUAUCCGUCGAUUUGAGUGAAGUCACCGAGAUUUUGGAAAAUAUCGACAAGAGAAAUGUGGAUGCCAUCAUUUCCGACUCACCACUCGAUGAUGUCUCCAUUUUGCAGACAACCGCCGCGUUCUCGUUCAAACCUCGUUUCAUCAAUGGUCCGCCGAAGAAAUUGGAACAAGAAGAUGCGGAUCUCCGUCCCCAACCGUCCGCUUCUCCAGGAGAUUUGGAACGUCGUCCCCCGAUAGUCACUAUUAUGGGACACGUAGAUCACGGAAAGACGACACUCCUUGAUGCACUCCGUAACUCUCAAAUAGCCGCUGGAGAAUUCGGAGGAAUUACUCAACAUAUCGGAGCAUUUUCAGUCGAAUUACGCGGGAGACGAGUGACAUUUUUGGACACUCCUGGACACGCUGCAUUCGCUUCGAUGAGAGCUCGCGGAGCACAAGGAGCUGAUAUUGUUGUGUUGGUGGUGGCUGCGGAUGAUGGAGUCAAGGAACAGACGGCACAGUCGAUUAAAUUCGCAAAAGAAGCCAACGUACAAUUAGUGGUCGCCGUCAACAAAAUCGAUAAACCGAAUGCGGAUCCGAUGAGAGCAAUGAGAUCAUUGUUGGAGCAUGAUGUAGUUGUGGAGCAACUCGGUGGAGAUAUUCAAUGUGUUGAAGUCUCUGCACUUCACUCGAAGAAUCUUCCAGCUCUUCAAGAGGCUCUACUUCUUCAAGCGGAUCUAAUGGAUCUGAAAGCGACGAAGAAAGGAAGGGUCGAAGCGGCUAUUAUUGAGUCGUCGGUUGUCCACGGCAUCGGUAAGGUGUGUACCCUGGUGAUCUCCCGUGGGACUCUGAAAAAGGGAUGUGUCCUCGUGGCGGGCAAUUCUUGGUGUCGCGUGAAAACAAUGCACGACGAGAAGGGAAAUGUCGUCCAAACGGCCACGCCCUCUUUGCCCGUCCGUGUCUCCGGCUGGAAAGACGAUUUGCCGACACCUGGAGACGUCGUUUUGGAGGCGGAGUCAGUGGAUAGAGCACAGAAAGUUGUCAACCUGAGAAUCGAUAAAACGAUGAAAGAGAAAGCGGAGAGAGAUUGGGAAGAGACGAAAGAUCGAAGAGACGCGGCGAGAGAGACGUAUCUAAGCAACCGACAGAAGCUACUUGAUAGAGGACAACGAUUCGGAUCCACGUUGAGAAGUAUUGUUCAUAAGAAUCAGAGAAUUGAGAAGGAUGUUGAGGAUGGAACACCCAAGUUUAGACUUAUUAUCCGAACGGACGUAGAAGGUACUCUCGAAGCGAUUCUUGAAAUCCUCGCCACGUAUUCAAGUGAUCAAUGUAAACUGCAAUUAGUCGACUUCGAAGUGGGCCCUCCGACUGAAAAAGACAUUGAGAUGGCGAGAGAAACGGGCGCCACAUUGUACACAUUCAACGUGGAAACCACACAGAAAAUCAAGCAGAAGGCUGAGUCGGCGGGAAUUCAAAUCGAUUCGUUUAAUGUGAUCUACCGAAUGGUUGAAGCGUUGAAAGGGGAAUUGUCGGCGAGACUGCCGAAACAGACAGAGUUACAUUUGGUUGGAGAGGGACAUGUACUCAAGGAAUUUAUGAUUUCUGAUAGAGGAAGGAAACGACAACCAAUUGCGGGUACACUUGUCAAUUGGGGAAAGUUUGAUCGACACUGCGUCUACAAAUUCACACGUGGCGACACUGUGAUAUUCGAAGGAGAAAUCGAGACGAUGAAGGCUGGAAUGGAGGUUGUGACGUCGGCAAAGACGAAUACAGAAGUCGGUUUAGCACUGUCGGAUAAGAAUAUUCGAUUCAAGGAGGACGAUCAAGUCGAAGCGUACGAGAAGAGGACGAUCACACAGGAAAUCGAUUGGUUUCCGCCUGGAUUUUAA